CAAAUAUUUGUGGUUAUGGAUUAACCUGACUCCCAGACUGACAUGGCGGUACCUGGAAGAAAUUGCAGUUUCUCCUUGGUCCACCCCUGUGUCAGCAGUUCCAGGAUGUGGCACUUCAGAAUCUUCCUGCUGUUCUUGUCCACCUGGGGAAUUUCCGGCACACCAGCCCAUCCUGGCCCAGUGUUCUCCAGCAGCAAGCAUGCCCACCAGGUGCUUCGGGUCAGACGUGCCAACAGCUUCCUGGAGGAGAUGUGGCAAGGCAGCCUGGAACGGGAGUGUAUGGAGGAGAUCUGUGACUUCGAGGAGGCCCAGGAGGUUUUCCAAAAUGUGGACGAUACACUGGCCUUCUGGACCAAAUACUUCGACGGUGACCAGUGCACGGCUCCGCCCUUAGACCACCAGUGCGACAGCCCAUGCUGCGGGCAUGGCACGUGCAUCGACGGCCUGGGCAGCUUCAGCUGCAGCUGCAAUGAGGGCUGGGAGGGCAGGUUCUGUCAGCAGGAGCAGCGCUUCCAGGACUGUCGGGUGAACAAUGGCGGUUGCUUGCACUACUGCCUGGAGGAGAGCAAUGGGCGGCGCUGCGCUUGCGCCCCGGGCUAUGAGCUGUCAGACGACCACAGGCACUGCAAGUCUACUGGUGAGUAUGAUCUGCGACGCAGGGACCACUGGGAAUUGGACCUGGAAAUCAAGGAGAUUCUCGUCCACCCUAACUACACUCGGAGCAACAGUGACAAUGACAUUGCACUGCUCCGCCUGGCCAAGGAAGCCACUCUGUCUAAAACCAUAGUGCCCAUCUGCCUGCCAAACAAUGGCCUGGCGGAGGAGCUCACUCAGGCUGGCCAGGAGACAGUGGUGACAGGCUGGGGCUAUCAAAGUGACAAAAUCAAGGAUGGCAGAAGGAACCGCACCUUCAUCCUCACCUUCAUCCGCAUCCCUCUGGCUGCUCGAAACGAGUGCGUGCAGGUCAUGAGAAAUGUGGUCUCAGAGAACAUGCUGUGUGCAGGCAUCAUUGGUGACACGAGAGACGCCUGUGAUGGUGACAGUGGGGGGCCUAUGGUGGUCUUCUUUCGGGGUACCUGGUUCCUGGUGGGCCUGGUGAGUUGGGGUGAGGGCUGCGGGCACCUCAACAACUAUGGCGUCUACACCAGAGUGGGCAGCUACCUUAAAUGGAUCCAUAGCUACAUUGGGGAGAAGGAUGCCUCUCUCAAGAGCCAGAAGUCACUCUUAGAGUAAGGCUGGGUUAGUGAGUACCAAGACAGAGGACAUUAAAGGGACAUGCAACAAACAUA